AAGACCACAGGAUAACGGCACAAAACUAGCCAGCAACUAGUAGUAAAUUAGCUUCAACACUAUUGCUAUUUAUCCUUUUCUCUUGUCCUCUUCUUCCGCAGCUGCAAAAGCACAAAAACACAAGAAAGAAAGCAAGCAAGAUGGUGAUGAGAAAGGAUCUGGGAACAGCCAUGAACGCCAGAAUUCUUGGUUCAGGCCAGGAAACAAUAGUUCUGGCGCAUGGCUACGGCGGCGACCAGUCGGUCUGGGACGAGAUAUUGCCCGACUUGACCGCUCGUUACACUGUUGUUCUUUUCGACUGGUGUUUUUCUGGUGCCGUCAAAGAUCCAACGCUCUACGAUCCGGUCAGGUAUUCUUCAUAUGAUGGUUUUGCAGAGGACUUGAUCUGUAUAGCUGAAGAGAUGAAGUUGAAAACAUGUGUGUUUGUUGGGCACUCCAUGUCUGGUAUGAUUGGAUGCAUUGCUUGUUUUUAAACAUGGAAGAGUAUGAAGGGGGUUUCUCCAUGUCACAAAUAGAGCAACUGUUUUCAAGCAUAGAAUCCAACUUUGAGGAGUGGGCUUCUUGCUUUGCUUCUCUUGUGGUGGAUGCAAGUGACCCUCUUUCCAUAGUCAAGUUUGGGAAUUGUCUGAAAAGAAUGAGGCCUGAAGUUGCACUGUCCUUGGCCAAGACUGUGUUCUUGAGUGACUACAGAGACAUUCUUGACAAAGUUGUGAUCCCUUGUGAUAUCAUCCAUACCAGAAACGACAUUGUUGUCCCAAACUCCGUCCCAAAGUACAUGCAGACCAAAAUCAAGGGGAAAUGCGAGGUCAACAUUAUUGAUACAGAGGGUCACUUUCCUCAGCUCACAGCACGCGCCCAAUUUGUCGAGGUGCUUGCUAGAAUUUUAGGGUAAAGUUAGGUUUUGUUUCAGUUUGCAACAUGCAUGUUUUUGUUUGAUUUGCUUCUUUCUUUCUUUCUUUUUUUUCUUUAAUUGGUUGUAAAAUAAUCAAUGCUAUUUGAGUAUUAACGUUGUGGAUGAUUGGAAUAUAAAUACUUUAGCCGGGCUUAA